GGGACCAAACCGUUACACUCCUCGCACCGUGUGUGGUGAUCGUGUGUUUUACAACCCGGUGGCCCCAAGUGUACUGUAGUGUAGUGUACCGAGACGUUUGCGUUUAUUCAAAUUCGUGAAUGUGUUCGUGCAUGUUUGUGUGAUAGCGCGGCGCAUAAUCCUACCCAACCCAGCGUCCGUGGUGGCAAUUGCAGAUUGCUGAAAUUACUGAAGUGGCGGAAGUGGUCCGAAAGAGCGUACAGUAUUAUCAAGAUGCCUUCGGAGGAAGGGAAUGCUUCCUCGCAGUCGUCCAGCGGCGACACGAAGCGCAAGGUCAGCAUCAUCACCGAACCGGUCGUCGAGCGAUUAGGGCACGAAAACUUGGGCUUCGAGCAGAACAAACGGAAAAUAUCGCAGCAAUCGCACCAUUCCGAGGAAGGUCCGGCACGGAGGAAAAGUAACCUGCACAACAAUAACUUUGACACCUCGUCCAUCCACAGUGAUCGCUACAAUGGCGAAGCCGGUGGUCGUGCCAAAAAGCAAUCGUUCUCGGAAGCGCUGGAGAAGAUCGAACGAGAUUACGAUAACUCCCGGUUGGAGCAGUCCUGGAUCUAUUCGCUGUGCAUGCGAUGUCGGGUCGAGUACACAACGCCCUCGUGGGAACCGCCCGGUUGGCAAAAGAUUUGCCCUUAUCCCCUGUGUCCGUCCUACCGCCAGUUCGCCCGGAUCUUGUCGAUCAUUCUUAUAGGUGUACUGCUAUGGAUUACGGCGUUUGUCAUCAUCGGUGAUACGGCCGCACCCGGCGGGCAGCUGUUUCAGCUGGUGGUGCUAACAGUGGCUGCCAACUUUGGCGGCUUUCUCAUCUCCCUAACCACUCUACCCCGGCUGAUAGGCAUGCUGUUGGUGGGCAUACUGUUUCAGAACGUUGGCUGGGUAAAUCUGGACGGUGACUUCCAGAUCGUGACGGCCGAACUGCGCAAACUCGCGCUGGUCAUCAUUCUGGUGCGAGCCGGGCUUGAAAUGGAUCCGACCGCGUUCAAGAAGAUCUACAAAACCAUCCUGAAGCUCGGUCUCAUCCCGUGGUUCGUCGAAUGCACGCUGAUUGCGGUGUGCGCACGGUUCUUCCUGCAGCUACCGUGGAUGUGGAGUAUCCUGCUCGGUUCGAUUGUGGGUGCAGUGUCGCCGGCCGUCGUCGUGCCCUGCCUGUUCCGGUUGCGCACCAAGGGGUACGGUGUGGUGAAAGGUAUUCCGACGCUCAUCAUCGCGGUAGCCGGUAUCGACGAUGCGGUUUCGGUGGCUGGCUUCGGCAUCAUCUCCAGCAUCAUGUUCAGCACGCAGAGCCUCGGGUUGCAAAUUGCCCAGGCGCCGGUCUGUAUUAUCGGCGGGCUUGGAUUCGGUGUGGUGUGGGGUUUUCUGUGCAAGUACGUGCCCGAACCGGGCGAUGCGUACGUUGUUCCGAUUCGCACACUGAUGCUGUUCGGUGGCGGACUGCUUGCCGUGUUUGGUAGCGAGGAAAUCAAUUUCGAAGGUGCCGGACCGUUGGGCGUUGUGUUUGCCGCGUUCACCGCGUCGUACUUCUGGUGCGGACAGGGCUGGGAGCUGGAGGACAACCCGGUGUCUACGGCGUUCGAAAUUUUCUGGAUGAUCUUCGAACCAAUUCUGUUCGGUAUUACUGGUGCUUCUAUCAAGAUUGCUGAACUGGAUCCUCACAUAGUAUCGAUCGGUGUUGGAAGCAUUUACGUGGUGGCUGUAAUCCGCAUCCUGACCACGGUGGCGAUCGCUUUUGGUGAUAAGCUUAACGUCAAGGAAAAGAUCUUUGUUGCCAUUUCCUGGAUGUCGAAAGCGACGGUUCAGGCCGCCCUCGGACCGGUCGCCCUGAAGACGGUCAUGUCGAAUGAAAACCGCACGGAAGAGGAAGUCCACUACGCGGAGAUGGUAAAGAUGGUGUGCAUCAUGAGCAUCAUCCUGACAGCACCGCUCGGUGCGAUUCUUAUUUCGGUGACCGGUACUAAGCUGCUCAAGAAAACGAAACAACAGCUUGAGCCCAUGGAUGGUACGUUGGGCUGGCGGCGAAGCCAUCGACCCUCACUGCACGACAUCAGCAUCAUCGACGAGGAGGAAGAGCGGGAAGAUAUCGAAGGUAUUGCGGACGAGGAUACGGCUGCCAACACGCUGUCCAACGCCCAAACGGCAGCAGCGUUCACCAUCACGAAGUAGAUCACUCGAACGGUCGGAGAGACGAUACGUUGCUAAUGGGAAAGAGCUACCACGAACGAUCUUUCUGUCUACUGGACGACGUGCAUUCUAAAGAAGCGUAAGUGCUACAGCGAGAGACACUAAGAAAGGAGACGUUAGUUACUAUGCUCGGUUCGUCAUGGAGAACGUGCUGAUCGCGUUUGCGUAUCAACAUUCGCUGUAGUUAGCAUACAAUUAGUUUAAAAAAUGUUGUUGUUGUAGCAUUAAUAUUGCAAAACGAUGAUCAGCUUACCAGCGUACUAUAUUCCCUGCUAUAAUCCAGCUCAACGAUAUCUUCCAAUGAUGGUGAAUGUGAUCAUUUGUAGAUAAAAUAGCGUUUCAACAAAUGUAUACAUUCCUAAAUCUUACCCGAUAGAUUAUAAUAGUGUAGCGAGCUGUUCCGGUAGGAAUGAUUAUUUGGUGCUGCCGUGUGUGUAGAAAAUGGACAUACAAACGGACGACACGGAUCGUUGAAAAACCAUUUGUUUAGUGGGAUUCGUGACGGGAAAUACGAUUCCCUUGCGGUAUUUUUUUUUAUCGUAAAUGAAAUAGUACUCGCAAACGCGCUGUAGUUAGUGUAGCACUGUUAUAGCUCAUUAUUGUUGUAUGAAAAUGAAUGUACUCUAAGAUGUUAAUAGUACUUA